CUUCCGGGCUGGGGUGUUUGUUUGGACUGGAGAAGGGAGGCGGCGGGCGAAGCGCACGUCGAGCGGGGGAGCGGCGCUGCCUGUGGAGAUCCGCGGAGGCCGACAGGAUUCGUUGGCUGCCGUCCCCGCUGCCGUGCACUGGUUUUUUAUAGUAGUCCGAGCUUACUCGCUCCCUACUACAUCCAAAGAAAGGAGGCGAAUGGUGUGGAGUUACGUUUUCAAGCCAUUUGUUGCAGCAGAAAGGACAACUAACGUCAACCAUGAAAGAUCCAAGUCGCAGCAGUACUAGCCCAAGCAUCAUCAAUGAGGAUGUGAUUAUUAACGGUCAUUCUCAUGAAGAUGACAAUCCAUUUGCAGAGUAUAUGUGGAUGGAAAAUGAAGAGGAAUUCAACAGACAAAUAGAAGAGGAGUUAUGGGAAGAGGAAUUUAUUGAACGCUGUUUCCAAGAAAUGCUGGAAGAGGAAGAAGAACAUGAGUGGUUCAUUCCAGCUCGAGAUCUCCCACAAACUAUGGACCAAAUCCAAGACCAGUUUAAUGACCUUGUUAUCAGUGAUGGCUCUUCUCUGGAAGAUCUUGUGGUCAAGAGCAAUCUGAAUCCAAAUGCAAAGGAGUUUGUUCCUGGGGUGAAGUACUGAAAUAUUUGAGUAGAUGGGGCCCUCUUUUGGUGGAUGUAGCACAAUUUCCACACUGUGAAGGCAGUAUUAGAAGACUUAAUUGUAAAAGCUCUCUCUUGUCACUGUGUUACACUUAUGCAUUGCCAAAGUUUUUGUUAGUCUUGCAUGCUUAAUAAAAGUGCUGAGACUGUUAUUAAGUAAAAAACUGUCAAACAUUUACUGAAAAUAGAAUUGGCCCCAAGGCUUGAUGUGAAGACAGCAAGGAAAGAAGCACCAGUCAAGUUGUGAUAAAGUACCAAAUUAAAAUGACCUCCAAAUCUUACUGAAUUGUCUUCUUUGAAUCUAAACUUGGCCCUUAAAGUUAACUAACAUGGUUAAUGUCUAAACUUUUAAAAAAUCUAAAUUUAAAUUAAGUUCUAAUUGUUAAGUGGCUUUCUCAGUUUGGACUUAAAUUUGCAUUUGUUCCCAUCAAAAAGAGUUAUUUUCAUUUGUUCCCAUCAAAAAGAGUUUCCCUUUUCUGAAGCAGCUGUGUUAAAGUGAGAUAAUUCGUUGUACAAUGAUAAAUAUGUCUUUGGUUAUGAGGUUAUAAAGUAGCAAUCACAUGAAGCUUUUCUGAAAUGUUAUCGUGUUAGGAAUAUUGAAUUCUGCGUCUAACGUUACAUCCGAGGAAGUAUGUGAUGUGAGAACUGCAUCAUCAUCUAAGGAUUCACUGCAUCGUAGCUAUGCCUGUGUGAAGGUGAUCAUAGGACCAGCACCAACCCGUAAUCUAAUUGAACAAAGAGACUGUAACAUUAUGAUUUGAGUAGUGCUUUUCCUUGCUUUGUUAACCAUCACGACAGUAGUCUGCAGCACAACUUUUCUUUUAACAAAGCUAGAACAGUUUUGGCUUCUUAAACUUCAUAUUUGGGUAGGUUAAGCUGCCAUACAUGUUCAGUGUGAAUAGUGUUUAAGUUGAAAAUAUUGUAAAAAAAUUAUAUUUUUUCAAAAAUAUUUAAAAAAAUAAAUAAUAGUAGAACUGA